UCAGCUGGCCGUCCUAACAAAGCCGCUGUCUUGAUCUCGUCCAAGUGGUUCUCAGAGUCCACUGAGGGAGGAAGGAGGAAGCGAGCGGCAGGGUGGCAGCAGUCCCGCAUCAGUCACUUCGGAGCAGUCUGAGUGAGAACUGGAGAGGUGGGAGAUGCUCCCCUGGCUCUGUGCUGAACUCUCACAGGGCUGACCAGCCGCCGCAUACCCGUCAUCCUCAGCGCCUGAACCUGUUUCUGACAACUUUCCAGUUAACAUGAGCUCCUCGUCAGCCAACCUGCACAACAAACGCCUACCCUCGGAGAGCGAGCGCAGUCAGAGGCUCCCAGAUGUGGAUGCAGCACAGCAGCUCAAGCUGAGAGAGAGACAGCGUUUCUUUGAGGAAGUCUUCCAGCACGAUGUGGACGUCUACCUUUCCUCGGCACACCUUUGUAUCAAAGAUUACAGAAGACCUCCUAUUGGCAGCAUCUCUUCUAUGGAGGUGAAUGUGGACUUGUUGGAUCAAAUGGAGCUGAUUGACAUCUCUGACCAGGAGGGUUUGGAUGUCUUUUUCAGUUCCGUAGGAGAAGAAGGAAUGCUGACUUCCCCGCUGCCAGGAAAUAACAACCACAAUGAGGAAGCCAUCAGUAAUGGACUGUUUCGACAUGUCCUUGAAAGUCUUGACGCCAAGUCCCGCAUGUCCUCCACAUCUUCAAAUUCUUCCUCUGACAGCCAGACCAUGAAUGUCAACGGGGAAGACACUCCUGUGGUUGGGUCAGACAGCGAGGAAACACACACCAACACAGUCAAGCGCAGAGCCAUGUCCCCAAAGACAGAGGAGGGGAAAAGUCCGAAUUCAGCUUCGUCUUCAUAGAUUACACCCUCUCCUCAGUAGAUCUCUGCCUGCAACACAGAUGUUAACACCUGAGUGAAGAGCGGACUUUGACUUGAGAGUUAUUGAAACAGAUGUCUGGGUCUUUCUUCCAUAUAACUAUCUUUGAUCACUAUUUACAACCUUCCUGUUUGAUCAAUUAAGCUUAGGGUGGUUGGGACUAUUAACUGUAAGGAUGGAGACUUUUUUUUUUUUAACCUCACAGAUGGCUGAUUAAAUUUGUACAGUAUUAACACAAAGCAGGGAAGUAAAGCAAUAACUGAAACAAAAAUAUUUGGAUAAAGUUGACCUGUGUUCAUUUGGUAAAAGAUUGUUUCAGGGUUUUGGGGGGGGGAGUGUUUUUUAAAGUUCUGGUAUUGAAAUCAAACCUUUGUCCUCUCACAACAAAUUAAUUGUUUUAACAAUAAAGGAAGAGAGAAAAAACUUUUGUGUGCUUGUAGAAUCAAA